UUUACCCAGUUGAGCGGUUUUCGGCCUGGUCUUGGUGUCUUGAAAUGUAUUCUUUUGAGUGUGGCCGUGCGAGAGUGACGGACUGGUUAUGUAAUACUUCGCGAUUAAUGGUCCUUUUCAGAAGCUCAACAUCUGAACAAUAUUUUUUUUGUUCCCCCCCCCCCUUGGUUUUUAUCAAUCACUGCGUGUUCCUGCUGUAACGCUCCUCCCCCUACCAGAGAUACGUACUCGAACGGAGAAUAGCCAAGCUUUCCGCCGCGAUCUGCCAAGACUUCUAAACACAUUGACCUGAGUCGACCUUCAUGACGCUCGAAUCUGAUGUGUGGAGGGUACGAAGUCCGAAUUGGACCGCUAACUCAUCUGUGGCCACACUGAGACACCUCCCCGAGGGGAAUGCGCCCGACUGCACCCAUUCGGUCCAGUCAUCAGGAGCAGGCCCUCUCCCUCAGAACAAACUCAACAACACAAGCUCUCCAUCUUUAUCUCUCACUUCGGUUAACCAGACUGCGUCAAACUUGAUUACCGAGAUAGUCACCGUCCUACAGGCCAUGUUGAUCAAGUCGGAUGGUCAACUUAGUCUUAGUGCGGGUUCGACUUCGACCGGUGAUCCAUUCCCACCUUCAUCAUCUCAGAGAUCGAGAGAAAAUGAACUCGACUCGAUGCAUCCAAGUCUCAACGGAGAGUCGUUGAGCACACGAUUGAACAUGCUAAUUUCGUCACUCAAAACGUUGUGGGAUAACAGUGAACCUGAUCCCGGCGAUUCCCUUCACUCCGCACAGUCGAAAUCCGAAUCCUCUGCUUUCCUUUGGCACUCUUCGGACAUAUCGGUCGAGCCUCAGGACCUGUGCACCCUGACCAACACUAUUCACUACUUGGUAUCGCACAAUAAAGGUGUCACACGAGCACUAUCGUUAUUGCCUGACGCAACCAGGAGAUCACUUGAGGCUUCAAUUCAGUGUCUUGGUAUUAUUUGCCAAAGUUGUCAUCUCCCGCUUCCGCAGGCGGAAGCCUCCGAAUUCGAUAUCAGCCACAGUACUACUGGCGGUGGUGCGACAGCCGAAUCAGGCGAGAAUCCUCACCUGACAAGGGCGCCUGAGCAAUUCGGCUGCACCGAUCCUUUGCACCGCCGUGGUGCCUAUAAGGUUGUUACCAGCGAUGAACACCCUUCUCACAUGGCCCAUCCUCCCUCGUCGCAAGCGAUUCCGUUCCCGUCCUCUAUCGUCGACGCGGACAACAACAACAACAACGAGCGCGGGUAUGAGCUCCAUAACGAGGCCAAGGGUGAUCGUGUCAAGGCGAUAUCUUUCGACGAUCGCAUGUCAAACGUGUCGUUAUCGAGCUCGGAUGAAUCCCUGGAAGGGAACGAUACGCGUCAAAGCUCCGUCUUGACGUCAUCAUCGCGCUCUGGUAGCGUGCCUUCGUUGACGAUGACGGUUAGUAGCACGUACACCGGAACGGUCGAAACCGUUUGUGACACCGUACGAGACGUUCCUGCGACAAUUACCAUUGGGAAAAGUAGACGUCAAAGGGUGGGGUCGCUCAUUUCGUUUUCACGAGCAUUCUUACCCUCUCCUCCGGCGUCCCCUACGAUCCUUGAAUCCUCGCAAUAUCAAUAUCAAAAGUCAAACCUGGUUCGAGAAUCUCCAGUGUUCGACAUCACCCCUGUAGACGCAAUUCACAUGGCAUACACUUUGCACAAAUCCCCGCUGGCGCAAGAGGUCAUUACUCCCGGUGAAGUUGAAUCAAUUUGGUCUACGACGUCAACCACACCUUCCGUUGUCACACGACUCAGGCAUGACAGUCUCUUCCUCCCCCUCCCCUCUUUCGUCUUUUGGGACCGAGCCUCCGUCGCGGAACCAGAGGAUAUUCGCUCCGAGAUGGACGCAAAGAAUCAAAACGCGCAACAUUGCUCGCCAGCCAAGGACGCUUUGUCCAAAAUUCACUCUAAAACGGGGUCCCUGACCGGGCCAACACCACAAAAUGAGGCGGGAGCCUCAACAGCGUCAUCCCACCCCCAUCCCCAUCCCUUCUUGCACGCGUCCGGGCACGCGCUUCAACGCUUCAUCCGUCAAUGAGAUUUUUCUUUCCAUCGACUAGUUCUACUACACCCGCGGCCCCGGAAGAGCAAAACGUUCAGGUUGCGACGACACAUACACAACCCCCGCGUGCCAACUCAGAAUCGCCUACCCCCCCUUCCAUCCCUGUGUCCCAAAUGACACCUACUACACUUCCAACUCUUCAAAAUAAACCAAAAC